AUGAAACGGAGCGUUCUACAGCACCUGUGUGAUAUACUAGACACUGAUAACACAUGGGAGACAAUUGCUCCAUACAUGUCAGGAAUCGCGAUGCGAGAUGUUGAAGCGUGUAAAAGAUACGGAAGUUACAAUCAAAGUCCAUCAAUGUUGCUUCUAAGGAUUUGGUGCUCGAAAGGGUUCACUGUGGUACAUCUUUAUCAGCUCUUCGCUAAAACAAAACUGAUCCGGUUGAUGAGAGUUAUGAAGAGUGAAGUAGACGAAAAGUACCAUUAUCUAGAAGAAAAAGUUCUGAAUCCGGCACGAAGACUUCGUCCGAUCGUUCCACCUGCUGGAACACAACAAACUGCAUCUCGUUUGAAGAAAAUUGAUUCGAAGGAUAUGACAUCGACACCAACACAAUCUAUAACAACCUCUUCCACAAACGACCCAUUGCGUGUGGCUAUUGAAGGAACACUUCCGGUAACAUACCAAGAAUUGUCAGAAGCCACCAAAGGAUUUUCUGUAAAUAACGUAAUUGGCAAAGGAGGAUAUGGUACUGUAUACAAAGGAGAAAUCAGAGCAACCGGUGGUAUGGUUGCUGUCAAACGGAUUUUCGCCGGGAACGAUAACAGCACGCAACAAGGAUCAAAAGCGGAGAAAGAACGAUUGAGACAGAGUUUAACUGAAUUGAGAACGCUGGCUAGAUUCAGACAUGACAACAUUCUCCCGAUAUACGCUUACUCCCUAGAAGGACCGGAGCCAUGUCUAGUAUAUCAAUUUAUGGCGAACGGAUCUUUGGAAGAUAGGUUACUGUGUAGGAAGGGAACAACACCGUUGACAUGGGUUCAGAGGAAGGAAAUAAGCAUCGGAGCAGCACGUGGUAUUCAUUUUCUUCACUCCUUCGCUAAAACUCCUUUGAUCCAUGGGGAUGUGAAAACCGCCAACAUUCUUCUGGAUAAACAUAUGGAACCGAAAUUAGGAGAUUUCGGAUUAUGUCGUGACGGGCAGGCGGAAGUUGAAGCAACUGAAAAGCGUCCAUUAAUAGCUUCACAUAUCAAAGGAACACUGGCUUACUUGGCUCCCGAAUUUAUAACUUCGAAGAUUUUGACAACGAAACUGGAUGUUUACAGCUAUGGAAUCGUAUUGCUGGAGAUAGCAUCGGGACAGCGUGCCUACUCAGAAAGUCGAAAACACGUGGUCUUGUUGAAUUCUGCCAGUUGA